AUGAUAGGGAAUUUAGAGAAUCUUCAAGCAUUGAAUCUAUAUGAUAACAAAAUGAUAAGUGGACCUAUCCCUGAGGAACUCUGCAAUUUGAAGAAUUUGGGGUUCUUGAGCUUGGGAAAUAAUGAGCUUUGUUGUUCUAUACCAGCAUGUUUAGGAAACAUUACAUCUCUUAGAUACAUUUACUGGGAUUCCAACAAAUUGACUUUUACCAUACCUCCCAGCCUGUGGAAUCUCAAUGAUCUCUUGCUUCUUGAGGUGUCCUCAAAUUUCUUGAAAAGCUCUCUAUCUCCAGAAAUUGGAAAUCUGAAAGUCACUACGUUGCUGAAUAUAUUGAAGAAUCAAAUCUCGGGAAAUAUACCGAGCACAAUUGGAGGCAUGCAAAAUAUGGCUGAACUUUCUUUUGCAGAAAAUAGAUUAGAAGGGCCUAUUCCAGAGUCAUUCGGGAACAUGGUCGCCUUGGAAUCGUUGGACUUAUCUCAUAACAAGUUGUCUGGUGCUAUUCCCAAAUCAUUGGUAUCUCUUUCACAUCUCAACUAUUUCAACGUAUCUUACAACAGAUUGAGUGGUGAAAUUCCAACUGAAGGUCCUUUUUCGAACUUCUCUUAUGAUUCAUUCCUUUCAAAUAAGGCAUUAUGUGGUACUUCUAGGUUGCAGAUAACAGCAUGUAGGUCUAGUUCUCCUCGUAGGAAAAGAAAAAAGAAGGUACUUCUUAUUGUGCUGAUCUCACUGGUAGCUUCUUCAAUAAUAAUGCUCUCAAUCACGCUCACCGCCUUUUUGGUGAUUAGAAGUCGAAAGAGGAAAAGAGUCAUUGCUACUCAUCAAGAGGAUUCUUCUUCAGCCACAGUACAUGGAAGAGUUUCGUACCAUGAACUUCAACAAGCAACCAAUGGAUUCAGUCCGAACAACUUCCUCGGCUCUGGAGGUUAUGGAUCUGUUAGCAACAUUUGGGAGUACUAUAGUGGCCGUUAA